AAGAAUCACACAGAACAAACCUAACCUAUAAUCUCUUGCUUUUUUUCAGUAAUUCCAGUGACGCGUCGAGACGCAAAAUUCUUGGGGUAACAAAACGGAAAGAUAUAAUGACUUUCAACGACUGUAUGAUAACGGUUUCCUGGGAAUUGUUAACAAAAGAAUUGGAGAAUAUACCUAUUGAAAUAAAACUACAUUUGACAUCUAUAAUCAACGUGCUACAAACAUCUGAUAAACAAUUAACUUCAGAAAAAUGGAUAAAUGCUUCAAUAACAAGACUGGAAGCUUGUUUAGAUCGCACAUGGGAGGUACUGAACUCAGGCUCCUGGAAAGAUGUUCCAAUAGAAUACAGAUAUUGUUAUUCUCUGUGUGUUAUUGUAAAGGCUGUAUUAUUAGAGCUUCAGUGCAAAAUAAAUGUUGAAAGUUAUGCUGAUAAAGAAAAGAAGAAGACUGCAUUGAAGAAUAUUAUUAACCAAAUUGAUAGAGGCAUUCUGUUGGGUGCGCCUCUUUCCAGUAUGCCAAAUUUAUUGACAGCUAAUGCUACGAAGCUGAACAAUUAUUGUGCUGAAGAAUCUAAUGCUAUAAAUAUGGAAGAUAUUUCAAUUGAUCAUGAGGGAACUACUAACUAUUUAAUCUCUAACUGCCCGGAGAGAUAUUUCGAAAAGCCUUCGAUGCAAACAUUUUACAAUAAAAUUUUCAAGCCAAAAUUACCGGCUGUACUAACAGGUUGUAUAAAUCAUUGGAAAGCAUUAACGUUAUGGAAAAAUCCUAACUAUUUGAAUAAGAUCGCGGGAUCUCGGACAGUGCCGAUUGAAAUUGGAUCCCGUUAUACUGAAGAAGAUUGGACACAGCAUCUUGUUAAUUUUUCUGAAUUUUUACAAAAGCACGUUAUUGAAAAUAAUAGCGAAGUUGGUUACUUAGCACAGCAUCAAUUAUUUGAACAGAUACCAGAGUUGAAAGAGGAUUUCGAAGUACCAGAGUAUUGCUGCUUUACGGAUAGUAAGGAGAAGGAUGCGGAAUCCUCAGAAGUUGAUAUAAAUGCCUGGUUCGGACCCGCUAAUACAGUGUCGCCUUUGCACUUUGAUCCAAAAAAUAAUCUGCUUUCUCAGGUAUUCGGCUACAAGAGAGUUAUUUUAUAUUCUCCGGCCGAAACAGACAACUUGUAUCCUUAUGACACUAGAUUACUUAAUAAUACUGCACAAGUGGAUCCUGUAAGGCCAGAUUAUGACAAAUGGCCAAACUUUCGCGAAGCCAGGGGUAUGACUUUUUACUUAAAGCCCGGAGAAAUGUUGUAUAUUCCACCAAAAUGGUGGCAUCACGUAACCGCCCUUACUCCGAGUUUCUCGAUCAGUUUCUGGUGGAAUUAUUAAUUAAUAUUUAUUUUGUGUAAAUAUAAUAACAAAUAUAAUAACAAUUUACAAAUGAA